GUCAGGGACACAUGAACGGCGAUAACAUCCACGGAGCAGCCUGCAGCCCGGAGGAACAAAGAAAGCCGCCCGCUGCCGCUCCAGCGUCCUUCCACUUCGCGAACACCGACAAAUACCCACUUCAUCUGGGUAUUUGUCCUCAGUGGGAGAAAGACUUCCCCGUAGCUGCUAAAUGUCACUCUGCGGGUUAAGUUCUUCUGGCUGUUUUCGUUGAGGAAAAGGGAAACUUGUCGUCGUGAGAGCUUCCGUCGGGUCGUCCUUGAUACCUUCCUGCCUCGGAUGCGCUCUCUGGAAGGUAGGGUAAGGAACCAGCCCGGGCUUUGACUGUGUGACCCGCUCCCUGUUGACCUGGGAAAGAUGCACUUCUCUCAAGAUCCCUGCACUCAGAUGGAUUAAGAGCUGUUUUCCUGUCUUAGCUGGGAACUGGAGCCAAGCUGUUUUUCCCCAUCCUCGCGUCACAAGCAGGAACUCACCGACUUACCGACAUACACAAACACACACUCUUUUUGUCUGUCUCUGCCCUGUCCCACACUCGUCUGGCUGUUGACUGUGUGCGGACCUCAUUUUGGACUACAGACUGAGGAGCAAGUAUUCCCAAUCUUCUGCUUGGCUGCUGUGAUUGCGCCUUCACAUUGCUGUGUGAGAGCCGCCUGACUGUUGGUAGAAAUGCUUUCAUGGAGUGUGGCUCCCUCUGGUUGAAGACAGUUUGUGUCCAUCAGCAUCUCUCCAUCCAGGACUCACAGCAUUUUCAUUGUGCCCAUGAGGUAACGUCAGGAUCUACCAGCCCCUCAUUACCACCCUCGGUCCAUCCUUUUCCCUCCCCACUGCCCCUUCCUCCCUUGGAGCCACCCAGCCAUGGGCCAGAAGAUCUCGGGCAGCAUCAAGUCAGUGGAUGUACGUGGGGAGCCGUCAUACCGGCCGGUGCGCCGUGAACUACGGGGCCCAGAUUUCUGUCGGCCCCCCAGGCUGGACUUACUGCUGGACAUGCCUCCAGCCAGCACUGAGACUCAACUUCGCCAUGCCUGGAACCCCGAUGACCGAUCACUCAAUGUCUUUGUUAAAGAGGACGACAAGCUGACAUUUCACCGACAUCCCGUAGCACAGAGUACAGACUGUAUCCGGGGCAAGGUGGGCUACACCAGGGGCCUCCAUGUGUGGAGGAUUCACUGGCCGGCCAGACAAAGAGGCACCCAUGCUGUUGUGGGGGUGGCCACUGCUGAAGCACCUUUACAUUCAGUGGGCUACACAGCCCUGGUGGGCUCAGAUUCUGAGUCCUGGGGCUGGGACCUGGGCCGAAACAGACUCUACCACGAUGGAAAGAAUCGUCCUGUUUCAUCAUCAGCACCUACAUACCCCUGUUUCCUGGAGCCAGAUGAAUCAUUUGUGCUUCCAGACUGUCUGACAGUAAUACUGGAUAUGGACGAAGGGACACUGAGCUUCAUGGUAGAUGGACAGUACCUGGGAGUGGCUUUUAGGGGCCUAAAGGGCAAGAGACUUUAUCCCAUCGUCAGUGCUGUGUGGGGCCACUGUGAAGUGUCUAUUCGCUACGUCAACGGACUAGAUCCGGAGCCACUCCCCCUCAUGGACCUGUGCAGACGAGUAGCUCGACUGGCUCUGGGUAGAGAGCGCAUCCAUCACAUCGACACACUCCCACUGCCGCAGACUCUCAAGAACUACCUCCAGUACCAGUGACCACACACACACGCAGAGAAAGAAAGAAUUAAAUUGAGGCCCAUUUGCUGUAAUGAUACCCAGCCUCACAGCUUCAUCACCACCACCAGACAUCCGCUGAGGAUGCAGGCGAUGACAUUGACUAUGAACAGGUGGUUUAGAUGGUGCUGCAAAGGGUUUUGUUUACACCAGUUGGGGUUUUUCCAUUUAGGAUGUUUUUAUUUUCUGGUUUUUAGCUUUUUUUUUUUCCCUUUUGUUCUUAUUGCUGACUUCUGCCUUUCUCCUGGACAGAUGACUAGCGGAGCUAAUUAAUGAAAUGAAGAGAGUGAGAGAUUUGCAAGAGCAUGUUUCGAUCCGGUUUCCUGCUAAUCACAUAGACGGAGUCAGAGCACAUGUCCUGAGUUAGGAAGGCCUUAAAUGCUGUGGUUUUUUUUGGGCAACAGUUUACCCAGACAUCUGUUCCGCACAGACUCUGUGGAAGCCUCUCGGAAACAUGUUGGUAUUUAUAUUUAUAUUCCCAACAGCACAGCAGGCUCUGUGGAGACACAACAAUCCCUGAAAGCCACAGGAGAAAGAGAGAGACCGAGUGAGUAGGCAAUGAGAGAGAGGGAGUUCUAUUUUUGUUGGUGUGUACAAACUGCAGCACACAUGGAUCACAUAUAUAUACAGCGGAUGCCUGUGUUAUGACUGUAUAGAAACAAAGUCUGCGCUGUCUGCAGCAAGAAGACAACUCACUGAAAAGCAGGCAGCUAGCACAUACAGACUUGGAAACAGAGCAUCUCCAGCCUAGUUUAAAACCCUCCUCCUCUCUGCAUCCGGCUCCUCUCUCUCGAUCACUCGCUCCAGUUUGAUUUAAGCCUCCAUCAGGCUUAGUGAACUGAAAGGGCUGCGGCCGCUGUUCGUCGGCCCUCCAGCUCCUGUAAUGCUGAUAGAGAUUGAUCCGAAGGUGAAGCUGUGUCUUCAACUGCUAAUGUGCCUGCUCUGCUACAGCGCACACAGGAAAAGAUAAAAAGCACACAACACUUCUGUCAUAUCAGAAGACACUUCUUUCCUCCCCCAAAGUUUUAAAUGCUGCUUUUCUGUCUUUUUCUUCCAACGUCAUACCGUCGGUUUUUAUCCCCGAUUUACUUUUGAAAAUGAUGGUCUUAUGAUGAGAUUUCCUUUAAUGUUUUCUCUUUUUUUUUUAUGGAUUUUGAGAUUUGUCUGCGGGACAGGAUGUCUCGCAUGAAUAGGUGGAAGAAUGUGCUGCCAUGAAAAUCUUUUAAAUGUGAAUAAGAAUAAACUCAGCUAAACUAA